CCUGUCUCUUUUCGUCAGUAAAGUUUCAGUUUCACUCGUGAUAUGUAAAGCUGAAAAUGUGACAAUAGUUGAGAAAUUAGCGGAAAACGAAACAAGAAAUCGACGUUUAAUCAAAUGCUUGUUAUUCUUCACUUUCCACGUUCCCGACAAGCAGAAGGCGAGCUAAAAACUUGUAAAACAAACUCUUUCGUUUCUCUCUCUCAUAAGUUGCACAUAUUUCGACUAUAAUAAUAACAAUACUAAUCACUAGACUUUUCUGCAAAAUCUAUUAUAAGCUCGAUUACUGAACAUUUAUGGCAUUGGCGAGGUUACUGAAGUCUACAGCUUCGUGUAAUUUCGAAGCCGUAGUGCGUCACAUAUCACCAGCGUGUUAUUAUUCAAACCUGAAUAAUUCCGGCCACUCAGUUUACUCCGGGCAUCGUAAACAAUAUCAAUAUAGGAAUUAUUAUCACCAGCAAUGUUUUCAUAAAACAAGUGCUUCUUAUGCAAAAUAUGGAAUUAUAUCUCUUGCAACUGGAGCAGCCUUUGGUUUAUAUGCUUACAUUCAGGCAAACCCAGAAUCAGCAGCAGACUAUGUGGAAGCUGGAAAACCUUUGGACAAUUUACCAACAUAUACAAAAGAGGAAGUAGCCAAGCAUUGUUCGAAAGAGACUAAAAUAUGGGUCACUUAUAAAAAAGGGGUUUACGACAUCACUGACUAUGUUGAAAGCCAUCCUGGAGGCAAGAAAAUUUAUCUGGCUGCGGGGAAAUCUAUAGAACCAUUCUGGUCACUAUAUGCUGUCCAUAAGAAUUCAGAAAUUUUUGCAAUCUUAGAAACCUAUCGGAUUGGUAAUUUUAAGCCUGAUGAAGAGGAUAUAAAAAAAGCCCAGGAUGUUAACGACCCUUAUGCUAAUGACCCAAAGCGACAUCCAGCACUGAUUCCAUCAUCUAUGAAACCAUUUAAUGCUGAACCACCAGUAGAAAUUCUAACUGAGAAAUUUUUGACACCCAAAGAAAUCUUCUUUGUCAGAAAUCACCUCCCUGUACCAGAAGUUAACGUGGAAACAUAUCGACUUGAUGUAACGACAGAAAAUUCUAAGAGAACUAUUAGCUUGUCAGUGAAAGACUUGAAGAAAUUUCCAAAACAUGAUGUCACAUCAGUGGUGCAGUGUGCAGGUAAUCGGCGGAGUGAAAUGAAAGAAAUCAAAACAGUAAAAGGCUUAAACUGGGGAAACGCUGCAAUUGGUAAUGGUGUUUGGAGUGGUGUACGGUUAAUUGAUGUCCUUAAACAUGCUGGUAUUGAUUUCACUAAUACAGGAUACAAACAUAUUCAGUUUGAAGGGCUGGAUUUAGAUCCCACGGGAGCACCCUAUGGAGCUUCAAUACCCAUUGAUUUGUUUAAAGUAAUUCAACAGGAUGUCAUUCUUGCAUAUGAAAUGAAUGGAGAAGAGUUAACGGCUGAUCAUGGUUAUCCAUUACGUGUUAUCAUUCCUGGUGUUGUUGGAGCCCGUCAGGUGAAAUGGCUGAAAAAGAUCAUACUCAGUUCUGAAGAAAGUACCAGUCAUUGGCAACGUCGAGAUUACAAAGGGUUUAACUCUUCAGUUGAUUGGCAUAAUGUUGAUUUUGAUUCUGCAGAAUCUAUUCAACAAUUUCCUGUACAGUCUGUGAUCUCUAACCCUUCCCAAGGUAGCCAUAUUAACGAAGAUGAUGAAGAGAUUGAAAUACAAGGAUAUGCUUGGAGUGGUGGUGGUCGUGGAAUAAUACGUGUAGAUAUUUCUGUUGACGGUGGAAAGACUUGGCAAACUGCAUCCCUACAGACAGCAAAGCAGUCUCUAUACCGUACAUAUGCAUGGACUUUAUGGUCAGCAACUGUUGAAGUCCCAAAAGACCACAAUGGUUCAUUGAAUCUUGUGUGCAAAGCAACUGAUAUUUCUUAUAACACACAACCUGAUUCUGUUGAAGGAAUAUGGAAUUUGAGAGGAGUCCUAAGUAAUGCUUGGCAUCGAGUUUUGGUACAUGUUGACAAGGAAGAAGCAUAAUUUCCCCAAAUAUUGCUAGGAAAGUUUUUUUAAGAAAAAACAAUUUUAAUUUUGUUUAUAUAUAUAUAUAUAAUAUAUAUAUAUAUAUAUAUAUAUAUAUAUAUAUAAGCCUACAUUUGGAAAACAGCUGGCUGUCAGAAAUAGGCGGCAUAUAACCAUACUGUGUUGUAGAUAAAUAUAGAGUACAAUAGUUUAAGGUCUGUCCGGUGGCCUCUUACAUAGGAGUUUCUUAGGUAUGCAGUCACUUCUUCAGAUAGUUUGAACAAUAAAAAAAAAAUUGGAAGAUAAAAAAAAUUGUUCAGCCAGAUUGGCUUGCUGAUGGUCUCAGGAAGUACGCAAAUUGUUAGUUUUUUUCCCUUCUCGUUGUGGGUUUUGCUUUUAAUUUUUCCUCCUAUAUUUCCUAUAUCAUACUUUAUCUCGUAUUUAAUCAAGCAGCUACUUGCCAAAUGGUCAGAUCACAUUGACUUCAAAUAUUCUGCUAGAGGCCACAACACAGAAUUUUCAUCAACACACAUCUACAACACAGUGUGGUUAUAUGCCUUCUAUUUCCGACAGCCAGCUCUUUUCCCAAAUAUAGGUUUAUUAACUGUUUAUAUAUCUAUGAAUAUAUACAUAUGUAUAUAUGUAUAUACAAGCAGAGUUUAUAUAAUAUCCAUGAACCAAUAUUAGAUAGAAUAAACACAGUUUGUGGUUGGAUGCUUUAGAAACUGCGUAACAGGUGGCUACUGGACUGGUCUUAAUGAACUAUAAUACCUGUGUGUGUGUGUGUGUGUGUGUGUGUGUGUGUGUGUGUGUGUGUGUGUGUGUGUGUGUGCAUACAUACAUAUUUAUACACACAGACAUACUCAAACAUAAACGCACACACAAGCACACAGUGAUUUUUCAUAACGGUGAGGAAAUAAAUAAAAACGAAAAUAAAGAAUUUUCACCUCAAAAGCUUUACCCAAACUGCCUCAUAACAAGUUUUGAAUAUUACAGACUUCUGGAAAUAAAAUCAAAACAAGCAAAACACACACACACACACACAUGCAUACACACACACACACACACACACACACACGCAUGCACACACACAGUGACACACACACACACACACACACACACACACAUGCAUGCAUGCAUACAUGGUACACAAAAUUAUAAUUUUCUUACUGGGCCAAUAGAAGAGCAGGAUACUUUCCAUCUCCUGAUCGAUGUUUCAAUAUAUUUCAAAUCUGUUACAUACAUCGCUUUGCAUAAACACUUGCUAACUAGAAUUACAAGAUAUAAUUUAUAGAUCCCAAAAUAUUUUUUGAUGACUUUCUACACCGGAGUCUCCUGCAUUAAUGUGCAUUAUUAUAUUUGAGACAAAAUUUAAUAAAGGAUGUUUAAUUUUAA